UACACUGGCUGCGGAAGGGCUGGCAAGAUGGCGGCAUCGGGGGCCAGCGGGCCGGGUUCGGCCUCUAACCCACGCAAGUUCAGCGAAAAGAUAGCGUUACAGAGACAGAGGCAGGCUGAGGAGACGGCGGCAUUCGAGGAGGUCAUGAUGGAUAUUGGCUCAACCAGGUUACAGGUGCAAAAGCUGAGGAUGGCUCAUAUGCGUGGAUCUUACUAUGGAGGUUCCCUUCCUAAUGUUAAUCAAAUUAGCAGCGGCACAAAUGAAUUUCAGGGGCCACUGCACUCCCCUAUUGAUCACUCCCGCAGUACACGGCACCAUGGAUUGGUGGAGCGUGUACAACGAGAUCCCCGCAGGAUGAUUUCCCCCCUGCGUCGAUACAUACGCCAGUUGGACAGUUCUCCUUAUGGUGUCUCAUACCUCUCGCCACACCAGGAGUCCAGCUGGAGAAGGAACUUGCCCUGGGGAAACAAUUCCUCGGACACAGGACAGCUGUAUAGGCUGCCGGCCUCUCUCAACAGAACAAACUCUGACUCUGCCUUGCACACUAGCGUGAUGAACCCCACUUCACAGCACGCAUAUGCAGAUCAGUCGCAGGGGCUCUCGUCUGGCCAUAGGAGUGCAUUUCCUUUCUCUGUGCCUGAGAUAGAGGAUAAACUUCAAUUGGACAACAAGUAUCUACUGAAACCAUGUGACACAAAGAAGAUAUCCUUAUCUUCAGCUCGACCUAAGUCAUGUGAAGUUCCUGGAAUCAACAUUUAUCCGUCCAGUGACCAGCCUGCCAGCAUUAAUCAGGUUUCCUCCAUUCUUAAUACUGGUGGCUCUCUGCCUGAUCUUACCAACCUUCACUUCCCUUCUUCCCUCCCUACCCCACUGGAUCCAGAGGAGUCGGGAUUCGGCAGCUUAAGUGGAGGGAGUAGUACAGGGAAUCUUACCAACAAUAUGACCCACCUUGGAAUCAGCAGGAUUGGGCAUCCACCAACCUAUGAUAUGUCAGGUUUUUCAAUGCCUAUGCAGAACUCACUGAGCCAUCCAUCACUGCAAUCAUCUCUGAGCAGUACAUCCUUGCAGUCCUCACUCAGCAAUUCUUCCCUGCAGUCUUCACUUAGCAGCCAAUCCCUUCCUUCUUCUCUGAGCAAUCAGUCUCUGUCUCCUUCAACCAGCAGCCACAGCCUACCCUCUGCCUACAGCACCCCUUCCUCUCCAUCCUCCUCCACCUCCUCGUUCCCUCCUCUCAUCCCCACUUCCAUGAACACAUCUCCACGCCGAAGAGUCCCACUGAGUCCCCUCAUACUACCAAUUUCAGGAGAGUCCAGGAGGCCUCAUCAGAAGCAGUUUUCCCCUACAAUGUCCCCAACCCUUACCUCUAUUACACAGGGUGUCCCUUUGGAUACAAGUAAAUUGCCAGGAGACCAAAAACAGCCAUCGUACCACUUCAGUCAUUCAGGUUUAAUGCACCAGGGUCACCAGCAACCCCUGCAACAACAAUCCCAGCAACCUUUACAACACCAGUCAAAAAAUGUUUUGUUGCAACAGUCUGAGCAGCAUCAGCUCCAGCUUUCGCAGUACCAAUCCUAUCAACAAACUUUACAGCACCAGGCACAUAAACUUCUUCAGCUCCAGCAACCUCAACAUCCUCAGACGCACAUAUCUCCACAUCCUUUACAGUCUCUGCAGCAUCAGCCCCAACAGACUCUACAGCAGCAUCUGCAACACCAGUCCAAGCCUGCUAUCCAGCACCAAUCUGAACCUCUAGAGUCCCAGCAGUCUUUGCACCAUUCAAAGCAACCUGUGCAAUCUAAUCAGCAUUUGCACCAGUCUCAGCAGCCCCUUCAGCAUGAGUCCCAGCAACAGCAUCCUCUUCAACACCAGCAACAGCAUCCUCUUCAACACCAGCAACAGCAUCCGCUUCAGCACCAGCAACAGCAUCCUCUUCAGCAACAGCAGCCUCUUCAGCACCAACCCCAACAACAGCAGCCUCUUCAACACCAACAACAGCAGCCUCUUCAGCACCAACCCCAGCAACAGCAGCCUCUUCAGCACCAACCCCUGCAACAGCAGCCUCAUCAGCACCAACCCCUGCAACAGCAGCCUCAUCAGCACCAACCCCUGCAACAGCAGCCUCAUCAGCACCAACCCCUGCAACAGCAGCCUCAUCAGCACCAACCCCUGCAACAGCAGCCUCAUCAGCACCAACCCCUGCAACAGCAGCCUCAUCAGCACCAACCCCUGCAACAGCAGCCUCAUCAGCACCAACCCCUGCAACAGCAGCCUCAUCAGCACCAACCCCAGCAACAGCAGCCUCAUCAGCACCAACCCCAGCAACAGCAGCCUCAUCAGCACCAACCCCAGCAACAGCAGCCUCAUCAGCACCAACCCCAGCAACAGCAGCCUCAUCAGCACCAACCCCAGCAACAGCAGCCUCAUCAGCACCAACCCCAGCAACAGCAGCCUCUUCAGCACCAACCCCAGGAACAGCAGCCUCUUCAGCACCAACCCCAGCAGCAAUCUUUUCAGAACCAGUUUCAGCAGCAUCUACACAGUGAUUCACAGAAACAGUUAUUGCAAGCCACCCAAAAGCAUUCUCACCAAAAUCAGCACUUAAGUAUGCCAUGUCAGCAGAAUAUGGGGACUCAGUCAUACCAACAACUUCUAGAAGAUUACAGCAUUGGAAAUUCCCUGCUCAGUUGCCUGUUUGAUGAUUGUGAUCAGCAGCUUUCUACUCAACAAGCCAGUAUUCUGUCCCAGCAGUUUCAGCAGUAUAACUUGGUGGAGAGUCCCAGUGGACGCCAGUCGCUGAGCAGUUUCUUCCCAGAAGAGUAUCCGUCACUUAUACACAGUGGGAACAACUCCCAAUCUCUGAAUAAGCAGAAUCUCAACAGCUAUGGACGGCAUGAUACCAUUCCAAAUAUCAUUCUCACAGCAGUUGAUUCUCCACCUGGGUUCUCCAAGGAAAUUACAACAGCCUUGUCCUGUGUUCCUGGGUUUGAAGUAGACCCAUCACUAACCUUGGAGGAGGACUUUAAUAUUGAGCCACUCACUUUAGAUGGUCUGCAGAUGCUUACAGACCCAUAUGCCAUUCUAACAGACUCACUAGUGGAAGAUUCCUUUCGAUCUGACCGCCUCCAGUGAAGAUGGGCAUGCUCCUGUAUUAAUGAUUGCAAAAACAGUCAAAGAGGUCAAUUUUUUAAUUAUGAAAAGUAUAAGACUUCUGAUAACACUUCUGCUCUAAGAAAUAUCCCUGCUGUGGAGGGUAAUGAAGUGCAUUUAUCAAGGAGAGAGAAGGAAAAAUUGAUUUGAUAAGUGUAAUGAUGUCAUUUAAUAUUCGUAUAUUUGCCUAUUUUGAUGGUUAGAUUCCUUCAGAGACAGAAAUUAAGCAACUGCAUUAUGUUCAUUUGGUGAUACCAGCCUGCAUUUAUAGACGUGUCAAUGGUUGUCUCGAAGACUCUGCCAUGCAUGUGGGAGUGCUGCAUAUAAAAACAUAAUUUUGCCCCACUAAUAGUAAAGAUUUCCUUUCAUCAUCAGUGGGCACCUAAAUGACAAUAAGGCUACUUGUAAAAAGAACUAAUUUUUAUUAUAUAUAUUGUUUUUGUAAAGAAGAGAAAUUUUAUUCUAUUUACUUACAUGGAAAGAAGAAAGGAUUUUUUGAAAUAUUUUUUAUUAUGAGUGCAUCGGAGUAAACAGAACACUUCAUGUGAAAACCAGAGAGCAUGUUGGGACAUACCACACAUGCCAUUAUAUUUUGGCACUUAUGUCAGGAUCGCCGUUGCUGAUCAAUCUGCACUUUGUUCCUAAUGACCUUUGCUCUGGUAGCAAGGUGUUAAAUUUAUAUAUACUUUUUAAAUAAAUUCAUUAAGGUUUCAAUUCA